AUGACAGUGAAGAAUGCGGCAAAAGGUGGCAAAUACGUGUGGCACGCGAUGCCUGAGGAGGUGCGUAAGGGCCUAAAAAGGGACUCUGUGGACGAGACAAAUGGAACAAAAAUGGGCAAAAUGGGCAAAAAGGGCACCCACGCCACGCCUUCCGAGCCAAUCUACAUGGAGGUGCCGCCGGAUGAAACGCAGCGGAAGGAGGAAUCACCACCGCGCGGAAUGGCGCUUCAUGUAUCCACGCCGAAUGAAAAGCAGCCAACGCCCAUGCCGGAGGAGACGACGAACUCGGGCGACGUGGUUGUUUCGCAAGAAUCGGAAUGUGUUGGGGUGGCGCAUGGGACCCAGUCAUUGUCGUCUUCACGGACUUUAAAGACGAGGCACGUUCUCCACUUCCGCGGUCCCGGGUGGGAGAAAAUUUUGAGGAAAAACAAAAAGGGGCUCGAACGUGCCUUUAAGAAGGACGUUUUUGAAGCAACUGGUCUGGAGGCAAGACGUAUUGAAGAACUAAAAUUUGAGUUUGCAAGCAUGCUUAUUGUAACGUUUGUGGUGCGUCGCGAGAACGACAAUGAGGGAACGAGUAAGCUACACAGUGAUCUACAGGCAUGCGCAUUUCCACGUACCGUUUUAUUAUAUAGGAAUUAG